AUGAAACUCCUCGCCCUCCUCUCCCUCCCCGCGCUCUGCCUCGCGGCCGCGACAAACAUCCGCAUGCUCACCUGGGCCAUCCGCUACGACUCGCUCUCGGACUCGAUCUCCGUCGACGACACAAUCGCAGGCCUCAACUCCACCGUCCCGGUCGACUCGGAAAUCGACUACUACUCAAACCACGCGGAAGUCGCUUGGUCUACGCGCCGGAUCGCAAUGUCGAGCGAUAUCUUGUUUAACAAGGUCCAGCUGUUUGCCAUCCAAGGCGCCUACACCCGCCAAAUGACCGACCUCGCCUCCCUCCUCGGCGACAACUGGUCCUACAUCGGCGCCGGCCGCGACGACGGCCUCGAAUCCGGCGAAUGGCAAGCCAUCUUCUACAACACCGACGCCCUCUCCUCCCUCGCCACCGACCACUUCUGGCUCUCGACCACCCCGUCCGAGGCAUCGACCUACUCCGGCGCCAGCUCGACCCGCAUGGUCACCCGCGGCCAGUUCGCCCUCACAUCCAAUUCCUCUGCCACGUUCACCGUCUUCUCGACGCAUAUGGACGACAAGUCCGACUCGGCGCGUCAGUACGGCGCCUCUCUCAUCCGCUACCGCGCGUCCUACGAAGCAUUCGACACCCGCGCGCCCGUCUUCCUCCUCGGCUGCCUAAACACCGAACCCGGCUCGUCCUCCUCCGCCACCGCGUACAAAAUCCUCACGGGCCUCACCGAGCGCGUGACGAUCAACAGCACGUUCUCAAAUACCUACGCCUCCGCGCUCAACGACACGUUCUACUUCCUCGACGUCAUGGACGAGACCUCGCCUACAGCCCGAUCAGGACAUCACUCUACCGUCUCGGGGUUUAACGAGAUCUCGGACGUCGACAGCUUCGCGAGGACUUCGUUCGUCUUGGCGGGAUCGAAUGGCGGGUGGACGCCAGUGAGAUACAGGGUCGGAGAGAAUUUCUUUGAUAACCAGUAUCAUAUGUCCAACCAUCGUCCUCUUUAUGUAGAUGUCUCGAUUGAAGCUUGA